AUGGAGCUAAAGGAAGAAUGGAUCCUUCCGGAUGCGGUGUACGACAAUCCGUUGCUCAAGCAAACGCUUCUAGGUCUAAGAUACUACGGACUACUGUUGGGCCGUUCGCAACCUUUGAAGCAAGCCCACUGUUUCCGUGGUAUGGUGUUUACCGUGUCGAUGAUACUGUUCAACUGUACGCAGUACGUCGAUCUGUGGCAGGUUUGGGGAUCGGUUUCAGAUAUGACGGCAAACGCGGCAACCACGCUGCUCUUUACCACGACCAUCUUUCGCAUCAUCUUCUUCUACUUCCAUCGUGCAAGAUUUAACAGCAUCAUUAAGGUCGCUCAUAUCGGAAUUGAACGGAUUCUUGGUGAUGGGUGGGACGAUGAGAAGGAUAUAGUGACAGGUAACGUACGUUACCUCAGCCGACUGGCGGUUGUGUUCUGGAGCUGCGCAUUGGUAACGGCCAACAUGAUGUGCGUUUACUCGUUGGUGCUUUAUCUGAUGUACGAAGGACCCUAUCCGACACCGAUACUACGCUCCUGGUAUCCUGCCACCGAUGGGAAGGAUAACCAUUUCCUCGAGAUCUACUUCAUCCAGCUGUACAUAAUGUACGUGGGACAGCUGAUCGUUCCCUCCUGGCACAUGUUUAUGGUGACGCUAAUGAUUUACGGCCGUACCGAAUGCAGUGUCCUAAAUCAUCGGCUUUGCUUUCUCGAUCGUUACCAUAAACCGGGACAGAACACACCAAAAACGAGUGUCCCCGAUCGUGUCGACAACGAAGAGCGUCGCACGCUUAUGAUCGAUUGCAUUAAACGGCAAGCAAAUCUGGUUGCGUUCACGCGAGAACUAGAGCAACUAACGCGGGCGGCCGUUUUCCUAGACUUUGUCGUAUUUUCCAUCCUACUGUGUGCACUCCUGUUCGAAGCAUCGAUGACCACUUCCGGGGUGCAGGUGUUUAUUGACGUUUGCUACAUUACCACGAUGACGGCCAUUUUAUUUCUGUACUACUGGCACGCAAACGAGAUACAUGCUUGCGCCGAUCAACUUUCGAUGUCUGCGUACAAAAGUGACUGGUAUCGGUACGACCGCGGUACGAACCGAAUGCUGCAGAUAUUUAUCCUGUACAGUAACCGGCCACUGAAAAUGCAAGCCUUCUUUAUUUCCAUGUCGUUGGACACGUUCUUGGCGAUUCUACGUGCUUCGUACAGCUACUUUACCAUUUUGAAACAGUUAACCGAUUAA